UAUAUAAUUGAAAAAUGGAUGAAGCUGAAAUAUCAGGAGAAGGAGAAUACUACAACAAUGAACAAAUUGAGUCCGAGUCUGAGUCAAAUCCUGAGCUCAGACAUAUAGAAUAUGAAAGAUAUGACGAAGAAGAUGAAAAUGAAGUCAGACUUCACAACAGAGAGACUCAGGAUAUAGAAACUUACGAGCAAGAUUAUUCACCCGAUCCCUUUCUUAACGUAGACUCUGAGGAAGAAGAUUACGAGUGUAUGAGACCAAGAGAUAAAUUCCAAUUGCUCUGAACAGAGAAAAUCAGGCUAGAAAAAGCUCUAGAGAAGAGGGAUAAAGAAAACGAAAUCUUGGAAGAGUCUAUCAAAUUUCUUGGUAAACUUGUAGAAGGCUAUAAUCAUUGUAUCAAGGGUGGAGGAAUCUCAAUAGAAGAGCAUGUCAAAAAGUGCAACCAGAUAAUCCUUGAUAACCUCAAAGAUUUCAAAAUACAAACUGAUGAGGAUAAAGAACCUCAGAACAACAAGAGUCUUAUUGAUCAAAGAAUUGACUUAAGAAGACAUCAAGUUCGCUUACAGAAACUUCAACAACUUGUCUCUCAAAAAGAAGAGGAGGCAUCUAUCGCUCAGCCAGAGGCUCCUCCAUCUGAAGAGACUGAAGAUCUUGUGUCCUUAGUUGAAAAAGAGAUGAUGAAAAAGAAAUGGAGAGAGCAGAGAGAGCUUCAGGAUAAAUCCAAAAUUGCUUCUUUGCAAGAAAUUGACAAACUUCAGAAGAAACUGACUGUGCUAGAUUCUUCAGAGAAAGAAAUUGAGCAAAAAUGCGGACUUCUGAUUCAAAGAAAGAGAGAAAUAGAAGCAAAGAUCAAGCAUCUUGCUGCUAACCAGCAUAGUAAUCAAGUCGGGGAGACACAGAACGAUACUCUAUCUUUCAAAGCCUAUUCGUAUAAAAUAGCAAGUCUGAAGAACAAUAUUGAGAAGCUCAAAAGAAAAUUAAACUAA